CCUUUCGACAACAGGAGAGUGAGAGAGAGUGGCGAGGGGAAGGAAAUAGGUCCGGGCGGAAACCAGGGCUGCCUGAGCUCAAGGUUCCGCCAUGGAGGAGCAGAUUCCUCAGCGGAAGGACGCGAGGAGCGACGAGGCCUGCUGCUGGUGCUUCUGCGGCCUAGUGCGGCGCCUUCCGCGGGGCCUGGCCUUGGGCCCGUCGCUCUCCGCCGAAAGGGGCGCCGGGGUCUGGUGCGUCGGCCGCGCCCUUCAGCCGGGGGAGACGCUGCUGCUGCUGCUGCGGAAGGAGGAGGAAGGGCCUCGGGAGUCGUUCCCUUCAAGCUGCUGGAAAGACUGUUCCCUUUGCAGCAGAAAAUCAAACUGGAGGAGCCUGGUGAAGCAAAGUCAGGAUAAAGAAGGGGCAAAUGUGACAUUAGUAUGGAUUGGUGAGGAGCUCCAUAUCCAUGUAAGCCGCCCUAUUGAUGCUGGCACUGAAUUGUUGUAUUGGUUAGAAGAGCCCAAGGCCAAUCCUGUUUGCUUGGAAACAAAAACACUGGUGGCUGCAUCAGAUGGAGGACUUCUCAUAGAGGGAAAAAAGCUACAAGAGCAAAUAACAGCAGCAGUGACCAAGACCACAAAUGGAGAGGCUGUGAUGCAACGAGGAGAUGCAUCCCUGAUUGGGAAUGACGUAGAUUCCAUUACAGGAGCUCCUGAUACACCCAAGGUUGUGGAGCAGACAGCAAGAUCCCCUAGGCUGGAAAAAAUGCUGUUGGAUAAACGGCUCCUUGGACUGGAUGAUGGUCACAAGAAAAGGAAUGAAAACUGGGCCCUGCAAUGUGUGCAGAAGGAGACCAACCCACAAAGUGAAAAGAGCCAGCCUGUUCUGAGCUGCCCUGCAGAAGAGGUGGCAAAGGAAGAGGUGUUUGAGCCAGAUUCUCAGGCUGAUAACAUGACCUUGACAGAGUCAAAAUUGAGUACAGUUUAUUCACAGACACCCUUGUGCAAUGUAGUCUGCCUUGAUACUCAUUUAAUUGAGAAGCCUCAGAAGCUGAAAAGCCAGUCUAACACUGAAGAGCUUCCUGAUGCUGGGAGCAUGUCCACACCCAAAUACAAGGUAAGGAAGCAGGAGGAGAAUCCCAAACUGAAAGAACAGCUUCAUUGUGAAAUAAUUGCUUCUUCUCAGCUAAAGGGGACAGGCAGUAAGCGACGGCACCAGUGCGAAGAAUGUGGUAAAGCCUUCAUGCAGCUUUGCCACCUGAAGAAACAUCGUUUUAUACACACGGAUCAUAAACCAUUUCUGUGCACGGAGUGUGGCAAGAGCUACAGCUCAGAAGAAAGCUUCAAAGCCCAUAUAUUAGGCCACCGUGGGGUGCGGCCUUUCGCCUGUCCACAAUGCCAUAAGACCUAUGGCACUAAGCGCGACCUUCAAGAACACCAAGUCCUGCACACAGGCCUGCGCCCUUUUGCCUGCCCUGACUGUGGGAAGUCCUUUGCCCGCCGGCCCUCUCUCCGUAUCCAUCGUAAAACACACCAGACCAAAGAGCCCAGCCCUUCUGCCACAGCCACCUGCCAAUGUGUGAUAUGUGGACGGCACCUGGCCAAUCCUGGCUCGCUACGCAACCAUAUGCGGCUUCACACAGGUGAGCGACCCUAUGCUUGCCCCUACUGCCCCAAGUCUUUCCGCCAGCAAGGCAAUCUGCGGGGACAUCUCCGCUUGCAUACGGGGGAGCGUCCUUACCGUUGCCACUUCUGCGGAGAUGCCUUUCCACAGCGCCCUGAGCUACGCCGCCACCUGAUUUCCCACACAGGUGAGGCCCACCUCUGCACAGUAUGUGGAAAGGCACUGCGGGAUCCCCACACUUUAAGGGCUCAUGAGCGGCUGCACACAGGUGAGCGGCCUUUUCGCUGCCAUCUCUGUCCCAAAUCCUAUCCUCUUGCCACAAAGCUACGGCGGCAUCAGAAGACCCACCAUGGUGACAAGCCCCACCAGUGCAACAUUUGUAGUAUGGCCUAUGCCCUCCCUCAGAGCCUGCGGCGGCAUCAACUUGAACACAAGUGCAACCCUGGCAAGGAUCCAUCCCGAUCUGGUGGUAAGGGCUGUUGGGAGAGGCCAUCUUCGGAGCAGGCCUCUGUGCUGGUCCUGCACUCAGUAGACAUGGCAGUGCCCAGGCACAAAGCUGAAUUCCUUGUCAACAAGGACAUCAUGGAGAUUGCGCUUUCAGAUGCUGAGGAAGAAUGCAUCGUUGUGCAGGAGCAGAGCUCUUCUGGGGAUAUGUUCAUCAUUGAGGAGGGUGUUGGAUUUAGCACAGUGGCUGAGGUGAUUGAGGUCGAGGUGGGGACGUGAUUGCCAGUCUUGGUAUAGAUAACUUGAAAACAUGAUACAGAUGUUGGAAUGCAUUCAUUCUGUGCCUUUUAAGAGGCAUCAUGAGAGUCAAGAAAUGCAUAUUGGAUUGUUUAGAAUCAUAAAAUCAUAGCAUUGGAAGAGACCAUAAGGGCCGUCAGGUCCAACCCCCUACUAUGAAAGAAAACGCUUAACUUUUUUGUGGCAAAGACUGGCUGAUUAUGUUUGGCCAAAACUGAUUUAUUCCCAAAGACUGCAAGACUGAAUGACAGGGCUGUGUAAUAGGUCUGAGAUCCUUCUCAGAGGUUUCAAAUUCUGGACUGCUCUGGGUCUAUAGCAUAAGAUGUGGCAGAUCUUUACAAAAGCCACAUUGCACUGGUAAACCAUACAAACUUUAAGCACCUUGUGUGUUUUAUGUUAAUUGUGUCCCUCCAUGUAAAAUUACUGGUGUUUCAAUGCAAACAAAAUGUGCCAUGUCAUCAAAUUAUGUAUUUAAUUGCAUAUAUUGAAACAGUGAUGUGGAAACAUGACUACAUGGUGGCACUGAUUUGAUAGUUUCAAAGAUAGCAUGUGCAUUAUGCUUGAGAUCAUGGUGACUAUAGUACAAAAUGUUUAUUUUAAAAUCAACCAAUCAUUGGUAUUAGUACGAGAUCACUUCUUGCUCUGUUGUCUUACACUGAAACCAAAUGUUAUAGCCAACGUUUUACCACUAAUGACUAAGGGCCUUCCACAGAGCCCUAUAUAUCCCAGAAUAUCAAGGCAGAAAAUCCCAUAAUAUUUGCUUUGAACUGGGUUAUGUGAGUCCACACUCAGAUAAUGUGGGAUUUCCUGCCUUGAUAUUCUGGGAUAUAGGGCUGUGUGGAAAGGGCCCUAUAUCUUUCUAGCUCAUCCCCAGCUAAGGAUGGUUCAGGUUUUUCCCUCAUCAAAUAAGUCAAAAUAAGCAGAGAAGGGUUUUUUUUAGAAGUAACUGUUUUCCAUACAACCCCUACUUACAAGUAUACAGUAGAGUCUUGCUUAUCCAACAUAAAGGGGCCAGCAGAACAUUGGAUAAGUGAAAAUGUUGGAUAAUAAGGAGGGAUUAAGGAAAAGCCUAUGAAAUGUCAAAUUACGUUUUGAUUUUACAAAUUAAGCACCAAAACAUCAUGUUUUACAACAAAUUGACAGAAAAAAGAGUUAAAUACACGGUAACAUUAUGUAGUAAUUACUAUAUUUAUGAAUUUAGUACCAAAACAUCAUAAUGUAUUGAAACAGUUGUGGAUACGGGCAGGAGGCAGACUGCGUUGGAUAAUACAAAACGUUGGAUGAGCGAAGGUUGGAUAAGUGAGAUUCAACUGUAUUUAAAAGCAGAUAUUUAAGUCCAAUAGGAGAUAAAGGUUUCUUUCUUACUUCUGGUCCUAUUUAAGGUAUGAGGAUUAUUGUCAGCCAUAGAUCAGUUAAUGCUAAAGAGAAGCUCAUAUUCACUAACAUGGAAAUAGUAUGUUCAAUCCACUACUGCAUAGGACACGUCUUUUGUUGGAUUUGACUGCUUCACACUGCAGGCAAGAGAAAAAAACACAUUACAGUAUUUAAUUUCAUGCACAUAGCAUUACAAUGAUGUCAAGGGGGAGUAUCAUUGUCUCUGUGCAGGUUGAAUAUCCUUUUUCCAAAAGACUUGGAUCAGAAGUGUUUGGGAUUUUGGAUUUUUUCCAGAUUUUGGAAUAUUUGUAUUGGCAUAUGUGCAUAUAAAUAGAUAUCUAGACGAUGGGACCCAAGUCUUAAAAUGAAAUUAAUUUAUGUUUUAUAUGCACCUUAUGCACAUAACCCAAAAAUAAUAAUUAUACAAUAUCUUAAUAAUCUUGUCCAUGAAAGAAAGGACUUUACUGCACAAGGUCCUGGAAGCAUUAUAACCCAUCCUUGUUGAGAACUGGAGCAUAUCAGGUUAGCCAUCACACGUUCUUUGACGAACGCUCUUUUAAGUUAGUGCUCCAUCUCAGCUGUAACUUGCCCCAACCUGUGCUUUGCCCCUCACUGUCCAUGCCCUUUUUUUGUACCAGAAGAAUUGUAUAACUCCAGAAUUUGAGUCACACUUGCAAGAAUUCAACCCUCCAAGACUUAGUCUCUGAGCAAGUUUCAGUUGUACUGUUAAUUACUUCCACAUUUCCCAAGUGUACACAAGCACUCUUCUGCCUAAUGCAUAUUUUUUAAAAAGUCAAUUUUGCAAUUCUCAGCCCUUUCCUAUUUAGUGUAUUUUGUAAACUGGAGUAAUAGCCUAAAAAUGGAAUCUAACAAGAAUUUACAAACUGGUGAAGUGAGUGUGCCAUGAUGUCGUGCAGUCGGGACCGUUUCCAUUUAUAGUUGGGGAGCUUCUAAUGCGUGGCUCGGUCCUCACAAUAAACUCCAGAGUUUGUGUAGCAAAGGUGUUCCUAUUUCAGCCACCCAUGUGGAUAAUUUUAGAUUUUGGAAUAUUUUGGAUUUUGGAGUAAGGAAAACUCAACCUAUGUUUUAUAGUAGAAAACUGAAGAAUGAUCAACCUAGUUCUUCCAUUUCCUGGGCAUUUUGCCAUAUUGAACACACAACAAACAAUUCCUCAUCAAUUUGUUUCAAAAGCUGGUUUCUUUCUGGCACAAUGGAUUUGAGUACAGUGCAAUGGUGUUGCGUUUUUUUUUCACACAAAAUGACACUUGAUUCCUACACCUAUGGGUUACUGCCAUCCAGUGUAGUAGUAGAUAGCACAAACUUGUAUAAAAAAAAACAAUUCUAGAGGUAUGUGUGUACAAAAUGCCUGAGAAUGGUUGUAGCAACUGUUCAUAUAACUUCACAUGAAGGAUAUUGAUAUACAGUCUUAAAAUGCACAUUCCUUAGUAAAGUCAAUAAAAUCAAGUUUUAUGUUGCUUUAUUUAUCAAAAGAAGCAAAUCAUAACCUUCAGUCUAUUUGUUCCAUUGCUCAGGCAUAGAACGGUCUUAUUUUCCUUGACAGAGCCUUAUGUUUGUAGUUGUGUCAUCAUGGUACAUAAAUGCCCCAUAACAAAAAGCCUGAACACACUGGCUUAUAUUUAUUGAUGCACCUGCCUCUUUCCAUCUGGCUUGCUCGGUUGGGCUCAUGUUGUGCCUGCGCUCUAGCUAUGCUGUGCUGGCAAGAUAGUUGUGUUUGUCAAGGUUGAAUUAGCUUUAGAUGUGACCACUUAUAAUUUCUGUAGGGCAUUACCAUGUAUCUGAUACUCCAUACUUAUUUGUAUUUUCAAGAACUGUGUAGUGAUAGACCCUUCAUGCUUUUAAGCUGGUAGAGAUCUAAGGCCAAGAGAAUCACACUUUCCUGCUGACUGUGAAAAUAUAUGUCUGGGCAGAUCGAUGGUCUUAUGUGUCUUUAGUCCAGCAGGUUUACUAUUGCUAUGAGUUUUAAAGGCCUUUUUAAGUGUCUUUAUUGUAUUUUAAUUCUGUUUUUACCACACUUUUACUAUUUAAUUGCCUUUUAACUUUUGUAUUGCACUUUUUAAACUUGUCUAGUGUGGGAUUGUUAGCUGCCUUGAGUCCCCAUGGGGUAUAAAUAAAGAUGAUGGUGAUGAUGA